ACGUUUGUCUACAGCUGAAAACAGACAUGAGAGUAAUUUCAUUAAAAGUCUCAUUUCAUAUCGAUCCAUUUGCACAAAUAGCCACCUGAACAAGCAGAACGAGAUUAUUUAAUGUUAUUUCUUUUAUUUUAUUUCCCUUGGGUUUUGGGUCACGCAGAGGAGAGGUGAGAAGAAGAGCAGACAGCACUUUGCGAGUACAUGCUGUAUACUGUUGCUUGCUGAGCUUCCAAGCAAAAGAAACAGCCUGUGAGGGGACAGUAUCGCUUUUUAUUUUUAUUUUUUUUGGCCUGCAUGAUGAUUGUGGGAACAGAUGCAGCAAGUAACACAGCGAGCAGAAACUCAGUGGAGCUAGAGGCGGAGCACGCACAGAGAGUCCCUGGGGCAGACCAGGGAGGGGCCCCAGCCCCACAGGUCAAGCUGAAAGAAAGGCAGAAGUUCUUUGAGGAGGCCUUCCAGCAAGACAUGGAGCAGUACCUGUCCACUGGCUAUCUGCAGAUCGCUGAGCGGAGAGGAAGCAUGUCGUCCAUGGAGGUGAACGUGGACAUGUUGGAGCAGAUGGAUCUGAUGGACAUGUCCGACCACGAAGCCCUAGAUGUGUUUCUGCACUCUGGGGGAGAGGACAACAGCGCCGCCUCGCCUGUCGCAGGUCCAGAUGUUGAGUCCUUCACCACUGAGAUCAGUCUCCAGGUUCCCACCCAGGCUGAGCUACGCCACAAGCUUUCUUCUCUGUCAUCCACCUGCACCGACUCAGCCAGCCAGGACACAGAGGCCGGGGAUGAGGAUGAAGAUGACGAGGAUGAGGAGACUGAGCAAGCUGGAGGCGGAGGUGUUGGAGGAUCAGAGGGAGGAGGAGGAAGGAGGAGAAAGCCCCCCGUGGUGGUGACCCUGGAUGAAGAGGAGGUGCACCCAGAUACAGCAUUGGUGGAUGGGGUGGGUCAGGAGGAUCAGACCAGCAAAGACAGUGAGGUGAGCAGGUCGAAGAUUUGAGGACACACGGACUGGAUCUAAACACAAACACACAGAACUGCGAAAUUUAAACUGAUAUAUAGAUAUAGAUAUAUAUCUAUAUAUAUCUAUAUAUAGAUAUAUAACGAUAUUGGCUUCAUUCUCAAACUGUCAUACAGAGGAAAAGACACUGAGGUUGCACUAACUGCCACAUGACCUUGCCUUAACAGACCACUGAUGUGAGUCCUCAAUUCUAAUUGAAUCCCUUGAAUGAAUUUGAGUUCCCUUUAGCAUAAAAGCACUGAAUGGCUGAACAUGCACAUAAAUAGUUUAGAACUGUUCAGAGAAUGCUACAAUAUUCUGUUUCUGUGUUUGUGCAUGUUGAGACCAGGAGAGGCCCGUCACUGAUAAGUAUACACAAACAAACAAAAAAACAUCCAUGUGCCCUUAUUGCACUUCUUUGUUUUCAUGUUACAUGCUAACAUAACUACUAAACUGUAACUGUUAAGCAUUAAUAUAUGUGUUGGAGACUUGUGAAACUUUUGCAGAAUAUAAAUGAUGAUGUUUUGUACCACCAUUGUCAGGGUUGUGGCAUUCUAUUUUUAGAACUAACUGAAAGCCACAUCAGUGAAGUCAGUAGAAGAGUGAUUUUUUUUAAUUGCUCAACGUUAGUCUCCUUUGAACUGCAUGUUGUCAUGCAGUGAUUGGAAAAUAAAAUUCUUUAUUAGAUCUGCCCAGCUUUUGACAAAUCCAUGUGUAAUAGAGUGCCCCUGUAAUGAGUCCUAAACCCAGAAAUAAAUUAACAUUUUAGCGCUCCAAGUUUCCUUGUCUCAAAGUUUUUUUAAAAAAAAUAGUUUUUUGCUUUGAAGCCUUAAGUAAAGUC